GCGGCAAUCAUCAUACAUUUAAUAUAAGAAUAACGGCAGCCCUAGCUAUAAAUCAGCUGUCUUUGUGUUCAAUUUCGGACAUUUUAAAAGGCAUGGCGACGCGGCGCUUGGUUUUAUCAAUGUAUCGGAAUUUGUUGCGUGAGGCAGAAAAGCUGCCCACUUAUAAUUUUAGAAUGUAUGCUUUACGCAAAAUCAAAGAUUCAUAUCGGGAAAAUAGUACAAUCAGCGAUUUUGAUAAAAUCAAAGAAUUGGUUGGAGUGGCGAAAUACAAUCUUGCUUUAAUUAAUCGACAGGUGAUCAUUGGACACUUGUAUUCAGCUGAAAAACUAGUUAUUGAAAAGAAACCGACCUUGGAUCCUCUUGAAGAUUGAGCCACAUAAAUAUAUGCAUACAUAUAUACAUAUAGAAAUAGUCGCACGAUUGCAUAAUUUUGUUUCAGUACUUUUGUUAAAAUGCAAUUAAGCUUAAAAAAUUUAAAAAAAAAGUAAUGAAAUUGUUGAACUUAAUAAAGUUAAUAAAAUUUAAUAAGCGAAA